UUCGGGACUUGUCAACUGGAUCCCUAUAUGAUAGACCCGUGCAAGCCGGAACCAGCUGUUGUCAUCAUCGGCGCCGGUAUGGCUGGGUUGUCGGCAGCACAUCGAUUAGCUCAGUGCGGCUUCCAAAAAUUUACGAUCUUAGAGGCGACAGAUAGACCGGGUGGUCGGAUCCACUCGUGCUGGCUGGGCGACGUAGUAGCAGAGAUGGGAGCUACGUGGAUAGAGGGUGGCUGCGUGGCAAACCCGGUGUUCACAUUAGCGGCGCAGGAGGGUUUGCUGAAGUCACCGCUCUCACGUCCGCCAGAUCCAAGCCGCGGGCUUUUCUGCACCAGCGACGGCAGAGCUAUCGAUCUGACGGUCAGCACCAUGGCGUACCAUAUCUUCCGGCAGAUCGAGCAUCAAGCGGCGGCCCUCUUUGCCCUUGACAGCGACCGUACGCAUGGUACGUUGCUGAAUUUUAUGGGCAUCAAAAUCCAGCAGAAGCUGCACAACUUCCCAAAGGAGCAACGGUGUGAUGCAGCGAAAGUAAUGUACGGUCUAAUGAAUGGCCUGAGGUGUCAUUGCGGAGAUAAUCUCUCACUGGUCUCGGCCGAUCAGUUCGGCAGCUACAUCGAGAUCCCUGGCGGUGAUAUUAGAGUGCCACUGGGCUAUGUGGGGGUAUUGGCGCCACUUCUACGUGAUCUGCCUGUCUGUUGCAUCAAGUACUGCAAGCCAGUCAAACACAUUCAAUGGGGCGCAACGAACAAUAAUGCGUGUCCCCGAGCUCUCGUCAAAUGCUGCGACGGCGAUGAAUUUCCCGCUGAUUAUGUCAUCAUCACGGUUUCGCUCGGUGUCUUAAAACAACACGAGAAAUUAUUCUAUCCUGAUGUAUCUGUUGAAAAAGUCGAAGCAAUCAACAAACUCGGCUACGGAUUCGUCAACAAGAUCUUCCUCGAGUACGCGAGACCCUUCUGGGUCUGGCGAGAAGGCGGUAUCAAGCUGGCUUGGUCGCCGGAAGAGUUGUCGAAUAGGGACAAUUGGAUGAAAGGUGUGACAAGUAUAGAAGAGUUGCCGAAUUCUCAACAUGUGCUAUGUGCCUGGGUGUGUGGACAUGAAGCGUUAAACAUGGAAUUAUGUUCCGACGAGGUAGUGGUAGAGUCGAUAACGCGGCUUCUUCGUCAAUUCACCGGCGAUCCCACGUUGCCUUAUCCGGUUAACAUUCUGAGGAGCAAGUGGUGUAUGGAUCAAUAUUUCGCUGGAACUCACAGUUAUAUCGCGAUGGGCAGCACCGUUGGCCACCAAUGCGAUUUGGCUGCUCCUUUACCAGUAUCCUGCGAUUCUCCCAUAAUCCUGUUCGCAGGAGAAGCUACAAUGCCGGGACAUUACAGCACCGUGCAUGGAGCAAGGCUCAGUGGUAUCCGCGAGGCUGAGAGAAUCAUUCAAUUAACGAAACGACACGGCGGUCUACCGAAAGAAGCAAGUUCUAAGCGGGUCUACAGAGACCUCUUUUGGAGAAAAAAAGCACAAGAGAAAAAAACACAAAUCAAUAUCAUUGAUGAGAUCGUGACGGCAAAACCUACAUGUGGUGAGAAUCCGUGCUACAUCCACUUUCAGGCGGUUUAUAUCCAUGCUACAAUUAUAAUAGCGUACUUGACAAGCAUGAUCUCACAUUGUUAUGCGUUUGUAAUAUGA